AUGGCAGAGUCAGCAGUGAGCUUUGCUAUUGACAAGUUGGCUGCAUUGCUAAUUCAAGAAGUGACACUAUUGAAAGGAAUCCAUAAAGAAGUUGAAGAUGUCAAAGAUGAUUUGGAAGCCAUUAGAGCUUUCUUGAAAGAUGCAGAUUCGAAGGCAGAGAGAGAAGGCAUCAAUGAGGGUGUGAAAGUAUGGGUGAAGCAAGCAAGGGAAGUGGCCUAUCACAUUGAAGAUGUCAUUGACAAAUACAUGCUUCGCGUGGCACAACAUCAUGAUCAACGUGGAUUUAGAGGCUUCUUGCAAAGUAUUGCUUCCUCAGUUAUGAAACUAAAAGCACGCCAUGAGAUAGCAUCAGAAAUUCAAGAUGUUCGAAAAGCUCUUCAAAAUAUCAAGGAGAGAAGUGGACCAUUCCAGUUCAUCCCUUCAGAGCUAGGAGCAUCUAACAAUGCAAGAGGAGCCAUAUCGCAUGAUCCUCGAAUGGGUUCUCUUUUCAUUGAAGAAGGUGAACUUGUUGGCAUUGAAUCUUCGAGAAAUAAACUGACAAGUUACAUGGUAGAUGGUGCAUCUCAAAGGACGGUCAUCUCAUUGGUUGGUAUGGGGGGAGUGGGUAAAACUACUCUUGCUAGGAAAGUAUACGACAGCCCAAAGGUGACAGAGCACUUCCGAUGUCAUGCUUGGAUCACGGUUUCUCAAUCAUAUGAUAAGAAGGAGUUACUGAAGAGUAUUCUAAGGAAACUCUAUGAAGCCAAAAAAGAGUGUUGUCCUGAAAACAUUGUCACAAUGGACGAGUCAUCAUUGAUUGCCGAGCUCAGAAAUUAUUUACGACUAGAACGGAGAUAUUCAUUGGUUUAUAUCCAUUCGCUGGAACCUCUAGGCCAACAGGAUUCGUGGGAGUUGUUUUGCAAGAAGACAUUCAAGCGUGACCUUGAAGGGCGAUGCCCUAGAGAUUUGGAAAAAUUAUCCAGGGACAUUGUGGGAAGAUGUGGAGGAUUGCCUCUCGCCAUUGUGGCCAUCGGUGGACUGCUAGCGAGCAAAGAAAAGGUGGUUCCAGAGUGGGAAAAAUUGCUCAAUAGUCUUGGUUCGACAUUAUUGACGAGUGAUCCAUAUCUUGAGAAUGUCACCAAAAUUCUCUCUCUUAGUUAUGGUGAUCUGCCUUACUACCUUAAAUCAUGUUUCUUAUAUUUGGGCAUGUUUCCAGAGGAUUUUUCCAUUGGACGUGGAAGGCUAAUUCGGUUAUGGGUAGCUGAAGGUUUUGUACAAGAAAAGAAAGGCAUGAGAUUAGAAGAGGUAGCAAAAGAAUACUUGAUUGAACUUAUCCAUCGAAGUUUAGUUCAAGUGGAUCUUGCUAGUCCUAAAGGAACUCCUAGUACACUUCGAGUUCAUGAUUUGGUACGUGAGGUCAUUGUUUCCAAGUCAGAGGAGUUGAGUUUGUGCCAUGUUUCAGGUAAUUGCUUAAGCUUUGAAAGCAUAGCUAGACACCUUUCUAUAAGCAACAGAGAAAAUGGGAAUCGAAAGAGCAGCACCAAGUCACAAACACGCUCUAUUAUGAUCCUCAACGGAGUAGAGCUUCAAAAGCUCGUAAUUGAUUGGAUAUUUGGAAAAUGCAAGUUGUUGACCGCAUUAGAUUUUGAAAGCUGUCCAAUAAAUUACAUUCCGAAAGAAUUGGGAAAUUUGCUGCAUCUGAAGUAUCUCAACUUAAGAAAAACCAAAGUCUCAAAACUUCCAAAAUCAAUUGGGAAGCUACAGAACUUAGAGUACUUAGAUGUGAGAGAUUCUUCAAUAGAAGAGUUGCCAGUUGAGAUUAAUAGAUUUUCCAAAUUGCGAUAUUUUUUGGGUGAUUCUGCAUUGAAGAUACAUGGCAGCAUUGGGCAUUUAGAGUUCUUACAAGUACUAGAUGCAGUUAGAUUAGAUAAUGAUCAAGGUGUGAGAUUAAUUAAUGAGUUAGGAAUGUUGAAGCAAUUGAGAAAAUUGGGGAUUAUAGGUUUGAAAAGAGAAUAUGGAAGGGAUUUGUGCACUGCAUUGGAGAGGAUGACUCAACUGCGGUCACUAUAUGUUCGUGUAGCCAAUGAGGAUGAGAUUGUUGAAGUGCAAUCUAUGUCUUCUCCUCCUGCUCACCUUCAAACCCUCCAACUUUGUGGACGGUUAGAAAGGGUCCCUGGUUGGGUUUCCAAACUACAAAAUCUAGUUGAAUUGUGUUUGUGGUGUUCAAGAAUGAAGGAUGAUCCGAUAAAAGUUAUUCAAGCUUUGCCUAAUUUAAAAGUUUUUUGGCUGUUAGAUGGAUACAAUGGAGAGAAGAUUCAUUUUGAAGAAGGAGGGUUUCAAAAGCUCAAGGAGUUACUUCUUUCAGGGUUGAAUGAGUUGAAAACGAUGACAAUAGACAAAGGAGCAAUGCCUCUUCUUGAAUCGCUAGCAAUAGGAGCUUGCCCACAAUUGAAGGAGGUUUCCUCUGGAAUUCAACACUUGAAACACCUCAAAGAGCUAUAUUUUGCUGGGAUGUCAAAUGUGUUCACACAAAGGUUAUCACGUGAACAAGGAGAAGACUAUUGGAUAGUGAAGAAUGUACCAAUUCUCCAAUAUGAUGCUACAUAUGUCCCUGAUGAUCAAGAAUCUUAUGGAGCAUUAGGUGGUACCAGAAAAGAAGGUCAAAUAGAGUUAGAAGAAAAGAGAGGAGGAAAAAUGGCAGAGUCUGCAUUGAAUCUCGCUGUUAACAAGUUGGUUUUGUUCCUAACUCAAGAGGCAUCCAUAAAAAAUGUUGCAGAUAUCAAAGAUGAUCUGGAAGCCAUUAGAGCUUUUAUAAAAGAUGCAGAUUCAAAGGCAAAGAAAGAAGGCAUCAGCGAGGGUGUGAAAACUAGGAAGCAAUUAAAGCAUAAUCCUAACCGAAAAUUAUACAGGGAUUUUGGAGACAAGUUCAAAGGUAACAGGGUCAGGGGACCUAUAGAAACAGAAAGAAGGAAUGCAGAAACAUUGGAGAUAAUCGCAAAGCAAAGCAAGGAAAUUGGCCCUGCUAUCCAUCCCAGCUGUGUUGUACUCCAAGCCAAGGACAGAACUCCUGAGCCGAUAACAUUAGUAAUAAUAUGA